AUGACCUUCCCUUGUACGGGAUUCUUGUAUUUUAGCACGUGCCUCGCACAGAGCGCGGAGUUUCAGCAAACAUCAGUUCUACCGAUAGUCGGCCAGUUCCUGAAUCGUCAACACUUCAAGAAUCCGCCACUUCUACAGCAGGGCCACCAGGUAAUACAGAACAGACAAAAUGAUGAGGUAGAUUUCUACAGGAACUGGAGUGACUAUAAAACAGGAUUUGGAGAUCUUCGCGGCAAUUUCUGGUUAGGUAACGAACAUAUCGUUUCCCUGACGGGUACCCCGUCUAUGCUCCGUUUACAACUGGAAUCUUUGAACGGGACAUCAGGUUAUGCUGAAUACUCGGUGUUUCAGAUUUCCAGUGAAAAGGACAAUUACAGACUGUCUGUGGACGGCUUCACUGGAAAUAUAAGUGAUUCGUUUACAUGGAACAGUGGCCAGCAGUUUUCGACAUUUGACCGAGACAAUGAUAAGGACGCGGAUUAUAACUGUGCCGUGGGAAGAGGAGGAUCAUGGUGGUACAGACAAUGUACAAGGGCCAACUUAAAUGGGAUGUACAAGCCGCCAAAGUGGAGACGUGGUAUCUACUGGGAAGGAUUCUAUCAACAGACAGAUAGAACGCUCAUGAAAACCACUAAAAUGUUGGUGAAAAAACCUUAA